AUGAUGUACCGUCAAAUAAUGGUGGACCCACUGGAUCGAGCACUGCAGCGAAUAUUAUGGAGAAAGAAUCCAAAGGAACCGGUCACAUUAUUCGAACUUAACACGGUAACGUACAGAACAGCGUGCGCCCCUUACCUAGCGAUUCGUUGCUUGAGGAAAUUGGCGGAAGAAGAACGGGAUUUAUCUAAAGCAGCAAAGGUAGUAAACGAGGACUGCUACAUGGAUGAUGUCUUAACGGGAACUUCAACAAUACAAGAAGCUACAAGAAUAACUCUACAGCGACAACUAACUGAAUUAUUCUCUCGAGGGCAUUUUAGUCUGAGAAAAUGGAGAGCAAACAAUCCUCAAAUUCUGCAACAUCUUACCGAAAAGGGGAAAACAGAUAGCUGGCUAAUGUUAAACGAAGAAGGCGCUCAGAAAACGCUAGGACUACUAUGGAACUCGGAGGAAGAUGUUUUGCAAUAUGAAGUAAAGAUCAAGCCAAUAACUACUACUACGAAACGCAACGUACUGUCCAACGUUGCACAGGUGUUUGAUCCGCUGGGGCUGCUAGCUCCGCUGUUAAUGAAUGGAAAGAUAAUCAUGCGACAAUUAUGGACGCUCAAGAUUGAUUGGGACGAACCGCUUCCUCCAGACAAAGAUGAGGCAUGGCAAUUCUAUUACAACUCUCUUUCAAAAUUAAACGAGCUUCGUAUACCAAGAAACGCAGUAUCUCACAACCGAUCUAACCAAUUCGAUAUUUUUGGGUUUGGAGACACUUCAGAGAAAGCCUACGGUGCCUGCCUGUACGCAGUGAGUACUAACAAUCGAGGAGAGCUUCAAUCUUACCUCUUAUGCUCUAAAUGCAAGGUAGCUCCGUUAAAAACCAUCUCUGUUCCACGCUUAGAAUUAGAAGCAGCACUUUUGCUGGCAAAAUUAUAUAAUGUAGUAAAGAAAGCUUAUGGAGAACGCGUGAGACAAGAAAAUUUGUGGAGUGAUAGCACAAUAGUACUAGGAUGGAUAGAAACACCACCCAAUUUAUUGAAGACAUUUGUGGCCAACAGAAUCUCGAAAAUACAGCAUUUAACUCCAAAGAAUGCAUGGCAACACGUAACUUCGAGAGAUAAUCCAGCAGAUAUGCUAUCUCAAGGAAUGACAAUAGAACAAUUAAUCGACAAGUCUAUGGUGGCAUGGACCACCUUGGUUAGUAAGCGGAAAUCAAUGGCCAACCGGAAUGGAGGAACCCGACAGUAA